AACUUCCACAGUAUUUCUCUCAUCAUCAUGAUGGAAUCACCAAGAGAUAUCAAGUUAACUUCGUCAUGUUUAUUUCGAGGUUCGGAAUAUCUCGUUACCAUGGAAGUAAAAGAUGGAGAUCAACUAAAUAUCGAGGUGGAAGACAGAAUUAGUUCUGACCAAUGGAAAGCCAGCUUUGAUGCAACAUACAUACAAGAUCUUACUCAUAAAACUGGUAAUUUUAAACAGUUCCAUAUUUUUACAAGUAUGUUAGAGUCAGCCUUGAAUAAGGUUUGUAUUUACAUAAUUUCUCUCUGA